AUGAAACAUUUCACGCUUAUUCUCUUAAUUUUUUUCUCAGCGAAGAAUAUAUGCCGUAUUAUAAAACGUGAUCGAAAAUACAGCAACUUUAUAAUCCUCAUAACUUUUUUCUUUUUCAUUCUUUCUUUUUCAUUCUUUCUUUCUUUUUCAUGCUUUCUUUGUUUUUCAUUCUUUCUUUUUCAUUCUCAUUCUUUCUUUUUCAUUCUUUCUUUUUCAUUCUUUCUUUCUUUUUCAUUCUUUCAUUUUUCAUCCUUUCUUUCUUUUUCAUUCUUUUUCAUUCUUUUUUUUCAUUCUUUCUUUUUCAUUCGUUCUUUCUUUUUCAUUCAUUCUUUCUUUUUCAUUCUUUCUUUCUUUUUCAUUUUCAUUCUUUCAUUUUCAUUCUUUCUUUCUUUUUCAUUCUUUCUUUUUCAUUCUUUCUUUCUUUUUCAUUCUUUCUUUUUCAUUCUUUCUUUCUUUUUCAUUCUUUCUUUCUUUUUCAUUCUUUCUUUUUCAUUCUUUCUUUCUUUUUCAUUCUUUCUUUCAUUUUCAUUCUUUCUUUCUUUUUCAUUCUUUCUUUUUCAUUCUUUCUUUCUUUUUCAUUCUUUCUUUUUCAUUCUUUCUUUCUUUUUCAUUCUUUCUUUCUUUUUCAUUCUUUCUUUUUCAUUCAUUCUUUCUUUUUCAUUCUUUCUUUCUUUUUCAUUUUCAUUCUUUCAUUUUCAUUCUUUCUUUCUUUUUCAUUCUUUCUUUCUUUUUCAUUCUUUCUUUUUCAUUUUCAUUCUUUCUUUUUCAUUCUUUCUUUCUGUAUAUGGCUUGUUCCCUUUUAUUCUAUUUUAG